UUUGAAUUGACACUUGAGGAGUGAGACUGGGGUCUUUUAACAAACAAACCGUCCACCAUUUUAAUUGGAUCCCAAUCGAACAGCUGACGUGCCGCCGGCCCCGUUAGUUUUCCUGAUCGCGUUGCAUAUUUUUCCUUACGCUGCUGCAGUCGAAUUAAACCGCCUGGCAUAAUGAAAAACGUAUUGGAUGUAAUGUCGUUGCAGCAGCACGUGGAGUCAAACAAGGCGCAGACUAUGAAGCCCAUCGACUAUCGAAAGCUCAACAAACCCGGCGUAGUGCCGAUGUACAUCUUCGAGUGUGCUGCCAAGUUGAAAAUGAAACCCUUGACUGCUGCCUGUGCUGCCAUAGUAUACCAUCGUUUCUUUCGAGAGGUCAAGGCCAGUGACUAUGAUGAGUUCCUUAUAGCUGCCUCAUCCCUUUAUUUGGCUGGAAAAAUCAAGGACGACGAGAGUGUCAAGAUACGCGACGUUAUCAACGUGGCAUAUUGCACCCUCAACCGUGGUAAUGCCCCACUGGAUUUGAACGAUGAGUACUGGUCGAUGAGGGACGCUAUUGUCCAGGCCGAAUUGCUCAUCACUCGCACCCUGGGGUUUGAUCUCAACAUAGAUCUAGCCCACAAGUACUUAUUACACUACAUGAAGACUCUGCAAGACUGGGUGGGCCCGGAGGUUUGGAAUUCGGUGCCCAUUGCCAAAGCAGCUGCUUCGUAUCUGCAGGACUUCCACCACAGCGCCAAUAUACUGAAGUACAAGCCUACACAUGUGGCCAUCGGUUGCCUGUCGUUGGCCCUCCAGACCUACGGCAUUCAGGUGCCACUAACCGACGAGUCCGACGAAUCCACCAUGUGGUACAAGCCACUAGUUAAAGACUUUACUCGCGAAAAUCAGUGGGAGAUUAUUGAGAACGUGAUCGAAGUGUACAAGCAUGAGGCCUUUCUGAAGGCCACCUAAAUCCUUCCGAGACUGCCAAAACCAUUCCUUUUCCAUCUAAAUUAAUUUAUUUUCCUUUCGCGCCUCAUUUCCACCUAUCUCCGAUUUUACAAGCUUUGUGCUCAAAUGUUUACUGCAUUUACAUGCCGUCGCCAAGAAAAAAAAUUCCUGGAUCGAAAUCUUAUAUGUAUGUAUGCUCGCAAAAUGAGAUGGCCGUAUCCUAUCACCAGAGCUGAUAUCUGAGAUCUGUUUCUCAAUUUUAACUAUUUAUACAAAGAAAAAAUAAACGGUGUUUGCUAUAUAAUGAUCAUAAA